GGCGCGCGCGUUUGCACAGCUGGCCAGGAGUCUGAAGCAACUCGAACUUCACUUCCCAACAUGCACGCGGGAAAUCGAGAUUCUGCACAUGCUCAGGGAGGGGAGGGGAACCCGGCUGUUCCCCAGGCGCGCGGCUGCCUGCUUGCCCGGGACUUCCCUGUUGCACAUUGAGGCACCCACCCACGCUAAGAUGGCUGCGAAAGGCUUGCAUUUUCACCUGAAAAUGGAAGAGGCGGUGGAGAGGUGCCGGGCGGAGUGCCAGUGGGAGACUCAACUCGCGGUGGUGGAGCAGAUGGAGGCGCGGGCGUCUGGCCCCCGGCACAAAGGGCACAAAGGGACCAAAGGAGCUGGAUCCGAACCGUUCAAGUCUGAUGACUAUGGGAAUCUACUUGUUGCAGAGGCGCUGCUGGAGCUAUGCUUAAAAGAGAACUUUGCCAAAAUCAAGGACGCCAUCCCAUUAAUGGAAAAAAACGAGCCCAGAAUGAGCAACGCCAAAAAGCAUUUGACAGGCAUUCUAAACCGAGGGAAGUUGCCGCCGAAAGAUAUGACGGAAGCAAUGCUGAUCCUAGCGAAGCUGCACUAUGUUGAGGGCUCCUACAGGGAUGCUGUCAGCAUGUACACAAGGGCUGGCCUUGAUGACAUCAUCGUAGAAAAGAAGCCUCUGUAUAUGCUGCGUCUGCUAACAGAAGCUUUCGUUAUCAAAGGCCUGGCACUGGAACGCUCACCCAACUCCAUCGCUUCCCGGACCCGGCUGUCGGAAAGGGAGGAGGAAGUCAUGGUUUGCUUUGAAAGGGCAUGUGUGAUCGCUCAGGUGUUCCUGCAAGAACUUGAGAAGAGUUUCUGCCACACGCAUACAAGAGGCAUAAAAGGUGGCCAUGCGUUUCCUUCGGACUUUGAACUUCCUUACUUCCUGGAAGCGGCCGUGCAGAGCGCCUACGUGGCUCACUUAAAAAGGGGCAACGUCGUUAAAGGCAUAAGAAACCUCCGAGAAUUUUUACGGACCAUGGAAACGAAGGCGACACUGAGCUUCAGAAUGGCGGCUGCCAAACAGUUGGCAGAGCUGCUUCUCCACUCCCUGAGUGAAGACUGUUAUUGGAGCCCCUUAUCUGAUCCUCUUCCCGAGUUCAUGAACAAAGAGGAUAAUUCUUACAUGUGCACUUCGCUGCGUCGAGGACUACAGCUACACACUGGAGAUAACAUCUACAGCCCCCAAGACAACGUUGAAGAGGCUCUCCUCCUCCUCCUAAUCAGCGAAUCCAUGGCAAACCAAGAUGCAGUAAUUAGCCGUGCUCCUGACCAAAAAGACGAUCGGGCCAUCAGUCUCCGAGAUGCAUCGGCCGUUUAUGAUCUCCUAAGUAUCACGCUGGGCAGAAGAGGGCAGUAUCUCAUGCUUUCUGAGUGUUUGGAGCGGGCCAUGAAACUUGCAUUUGGCGAAUUUCACCUCUGGUAUCAGUUGGCCCUUUCUAUGGCAGCUUGUGGCAAGUCCUCACACGCCGUCUCGGUGCUCAGAGAAUGUGCAAAGCUGCGUCCUGCGGAUCCCACCGUCCCUCUCCUGGCCGCCAAAGUCUGCAUCGGGCCUCUGCACUGGCUGGAGGAAGGAGAGCAUUUUGCCAAGAUGGUGAUCGGCCUGGGCGAAGAUGCUGGGGAGCUCCUAGCAAAGGGUUACCUGGCCUUGGGCCUGACGUACAGCCUUCAAGCCACUGAUGCUACCCUGAAAAGCACACGAGACGACUUGCACCGGAAAGCACUUGAGACUCUAGAAAGAGCACAUCACCUGGCACCUGAAGACCACCAAAUCAUCCUCUAUGUCUCGUUGCAGCUGGCUCUUGUCAGGCAGAUUUGUGAUGCAAUAGAACGCCUGCAAGAAGCACUGAAACUGUGCAAGGAUGAUAUGAAUUCCCUUCAUUUGCUGGCUCUCCUUUUUUCAGCCCAAAAGCACUACCAGCAUUCUUUGGAUGUCAUCAACAUGGCCCUUACAGAGUACCCAGACUGCUUUAGUUUACUCUUCACCAAAGUGAAGAUCGAAUUGGUGCAUAAAGGACCUGAAGAGGCUUUAGUGACCUGUAGACAAAUGUUGCACCAGUGGCAGACGCUGUAUAAUGCUUCACAGCAGAGCGAUUCAGAGAAAGAAAGCAGCCUGACAGAGGCCGUGCCAGUCAAGAAGCACAACAGUGUGUAUCUUACGCUCCCCGAUGCCCACGAUACCGACUCGGGCUCCCAACGAGCCUCUUCCAUCGCAGCUUCACGGCUGGAGCAGGCCAUGUCCGAAGUUACUAUGCACAGUACUGCCUUGAAGCAAGGGCCUAUGCAGCUUUGGAGAACCCUUGAACAGAUUUGGUUGCAGGCUGCUGAACUCUUCAUGGAACAGCAGCAUCUCAAAGAAGCGGGCUUUUGUAUCCAGGAGGCAGCCAGUCUCUUUCCUACAUCUCACGCUGUGCUGUACAUGCGGGGGAGGCUGGCGGAGAUGAACAGCAGUUUGGAGGAGGCGAAGCAAUUGUAUGAUGAAGCACUCACAGUGAAUCCAAGUGGAGUGGAAAUCAUGAACUGCUUGGGGAUGGUUCUGAACAGACUCGGGCGUGGAAGCUUGGCCCAGAAGGUUCUGCAGGACGCAGUCCAGGUGCAGAGCACCAGCCACAAAGCCUGGAACAGCCUCGGAGAAGUUCUUCAUGCUCAGGGCAAAAACGAAGCUGCCGUUGAAUGCUUCCUGACAGCUCUGGACCUCGAAUCCAGCAGCCCCAUCAUCCCAUUUACAGUUAUUCCCAGGGAACUGUGAAGGCUUUUCACCCUGUACACGUGCAUUCCGUGGAGGCAGUUCCAGUAAUGUACUGAGGAGCUAAGUUAUCGGUUUACGGUGCAAUAAAUAUAGAGGUGAUGCUCAGUUGUUGCCCAGAAUUCGGAAA